AUGGGGCCGAGGCGGGUUGCUGUAACCCAAGCAAAUUCUGCUGCGAGAAUGUCGGGGCAAGAUGCUGAGAGCCCGCGACGAGCAGCGUCGCCUAGCGAGCGAGCUGCGAACCUGGAGGAUGAAAACUCCCGGUUGACUGAAAUGGUGAUGAAUUUGGAAGAGAAGGUCUCUUCCCUCGAAACGGAAGUGUCGGUGCUGAGUGCCGAACUCGACGAGUGUCGGCAGGUUGUCCAAGAGAUGGGCAGUGCUUUUGGAGGUGGCGGUAUCGCCGAUAUGCGGCGCGAAAUGGAGCAGAUGUCGAUUCAGAUUGGUUUGCUCCAACGUGCAGUGAGUAACGCCCCUGUUGUUGCUCAGGAUCAUGGUGCUAGGCUUCGGAUUCCUGAACCGAAGGCCUAUGGUGGUGCUCGGGAUGCGAAGGAGGUCGAGAACUUCCUUUUUGAUAUGGAACAAUACUUCCUUGCGGCAAAUAUGGAAGAUGAGGCAAGGAAGGUGUCGACGGCGACCAUGUAUCUAACGGGUGAUGCCAAGCUGUGGUGGCGCACCAAAUAUGCGGAGAUCCAAGCCAAUCAGUUGCGGCUUGAUACCUGGGCUCUUCUUCGGGAAGCGAUUCGAGAGCAGUUCUUCCCGGAGAACGUCGAGUACAAUGCCAGGCGGGCAUUGCGAAAGUUGGAGCACAUAGGCUCCGUGCGAGAUUAUGUGAAAUCUUUCUCGGCACUGAUGCUGGACAUUCGGGACAUGUCGGAAAAGGACAAGCUCUUCACAUUCAUGGAGGGCCUGAAACCGUGGGCGCGUCUUGAGCUGCAGCGCCAACGGAGUAACUCCAAUAGAGGUGGGGGAGAUCGGAAGCCCCACGCUCAGAGUAGUUCAAUGGGCAGUUCGGGCAAGAACAGGCCCCAGGAGACAAAGCAGGGGGCGCCGCAGAAGAACAGUGGAUGCUUCCUAUGCGACGGCCCGCAUAGAUAUCGGGACUGCCCGAAGAAACAACUGCUGAACGCGCUGGCGACCUUUACUGACAAGGCGUCUCCCGCAAAGACUAUGGAGCCACAAGCAUCUGCGAGUGGUGGGCAUGAUUCGGAAGAAGAGGAGGACAACUUGGGCGCCAUCUCCCAAUGGUGCAACACGCUGUCCCAAGUGGCGGCAAAGAAGUUGGUGCCACCACAUGCAAGAAAGACUGCCCCGGCUCUUACUGCGAGCCAGCCGGAAGAGGAAGCACAGCCCCGGAAUCCUCGGAAGAAAGGGCUGAUGUUUGUGGAUGUGAAGAUUCAUGGCAAGCCCAUCCGUGCCAUGAUCGAUACUGGAGCUACGCACAACUACCUUGCGAGCGCCGAAGUAGAGAGACUUGGGCUCGUGCUGGAGAAAGGAGUUGGGCGAGUAAAGGCGAUAAACUCGGCCGCACAACCCAUUGUUGGUGUGGCCAAAUCUGUGCUGAUUAAAGUUGGUUCUUUUGAGGGCAAGACCAACCUUUCUGUCGUGGUGAUGGACGACUUCAAGCUCAUCCUCGGGCUUGAAUUUUUGCGGGACACACGUACAGCGGUUUUGCCGCAUGUUGAUUCGUUGAUGAUGCUGGGGGCCAAACCUUGUAUCAUCCCCACAUUGGCCGGGCGUACUGGAGAGAAAAAUCUAUCGGCCAUGCAGUUUGAGAAGGGGCGCAAGCGGAACGAACCAUCCUACUUGUGCACCCUUAGAAGGGGCGCAAGCGGAACGAACCAUCCUACUUGUGCACCCUUCGUUUUGACGAAAUUGAGGAGACGUCAAGGCCCAUCCCUGACGAAAUAA